ACGACAUCAGAGCGCGCCGCUACUGCCGCCGCCGCCAUGAAUAGCGUAGGAGAGGCCUGCACCGACAUGAAGCGGGAGUACGACCAGUGCUUCAAUCGCUGGUUUGCCGAGAAGUUCCUCAAGGGGGACGGCUCCGGAGACCCGUGCACCGACCUCUUCAAGCGCUAUCAGCAGUGUGUUCAGAAAGCAAUAAAGGAGAAGGAGAUUCCCAUUGAAGGACUGGAAUUUAUGGGCCAUAGCAAAGAAAAGCCUGAAAGCUCUUCUUGACCUUGACAGUCACCUUGAAAAUAGACUCCUCCAAUCAGGAAAUUGAAGACACUGGAUUUCGUCAAUUAAGGCUGUGAAAAUAGCCAAGGAUUUGAUGAGGAGUUUAGGAGGCAGUAGUCUUCUUUCCUCAUUGAUUUCCUCACUUGUAAAAGAUGAUGAACCAUCACUCUUUGCUUUGAGAUUUCUCACUUGCUCUGGCAUCGUACAGGAACUCCAUGUGCUUAAACUGAAUGAUUGCUUGGGACUAUGGUUGCGAUACUUGGUCUGGGAUCAGCUUUAAAUAUCCUUUUUUAUGUAAAUACUGAUAAACUUGUCAGGAUGAUCAGGGUUGCCUGACCUCUUGAGUUUUGCUGGGAAGGACAUUAGGUACAUUGUACUAGGGUUAUUAUUCAUGGAAGCAAUUUGUUAGGAUCUCUCUUUUCUCUCAGGGAGCUAAGGCUCUGAAAAGGGAUCCCAGCACAACGGUUUUAAUCAAUGCUUGGGAGCACGGUUUUACUUUUAUAAUAACUUUUAAGAUUGCUGGUGGACUGAGUUAGCCAAGAGGAAGACAGCUUUAAGAGUUCCCUGCCUUAAGAGAUGUCAGAUUUCUGAUUAAGAUGUGAAAGCUUGAAGAAUGUUACAGUACACACCAUUUUGGAGAUCAUAGUGUAGUUUAGGAAUGAAGAUUGUUGUAAUAACAAUGAAGGAAGAUCUUAAAUUGCCAAGAUUUGCUUUUGCCAGCUUUCAGCCCAAGUCAAUUAAUUAAGCCAUCCUGUAUUAUCAUAAAACUGCCAAAAUGCUGCAUCUAGUUAAAUGGGAGAAAUUUGUCCUAUUUGCUUUGUGUACCCACCCUGCCCUGUAAUGUCUGUAAUCAUGAAGAUGGAAUAAAUUGUAAUACUUAGUUUCAUUAAGUAUGAAUGCCCCUGGAGAACUCAGUGCACUUUACAAAACAAGUAUUAUAAUGCGACCUUACAUAUCCCAUAUGUACACUGGAGAAAGUUUUGUUUUAUAAUUUAAAGGUGAAGAAAAAGUGAAAAUUUAUCUAAGGUCAAUAGUGUGCUAAAACAAUUAGAAACCUCACUGAUUUCUAAAAUUUAUUUCCACAAUAAGUUACACAAGUAACUUAAUAUGCUUCUGUACCUGCACACACAAAAAAAUGUCAGGAUCAGGUGAGCACUUAACACACUUUGAAAUGUCAAGUAGUCACCAAAAUUGCAGGUCUUGCAUAAUCUGGUUCAAUUAUAUAUACCCAAUAUAGUAUGAAACAACUUACAGAAGGUAGAAAUUGUAUUGGCCUCGCUCCAGUUUAUGUGACUGCUUCAUAUUUAACAUGACUAGUCCUGAAUGUCAUUUCAAUACAUUCUGCAUUUAUAUUUUGACUGGUUACGGUCUAUUAUACAAGAAUUAUAAAAGAUACUUGAAGUCCAGCUGAGGGAGGCCAGGCAGCAAGCCAAAGUCAAGUCCUGAACUCAGACUCAGCUCAAGUAAAACGGUUCUAUGAGGACUUGGAAGCACAAGCACAGGCUGUGGUUAGAUCACAAAAUGGAAAAGAUAGCAGGGAUCCUUUUCUCCCUUACUGUAAAAGGCUUUCACAUCCUUUGUUUCCAUAUGCCUCACCUUUGCAGUACCAGUUUACUUUAUGUACUAUGCAAUGCCAAAACCUGGUAGCUUCUUGAAUCUUAUUACAAAACUGUCUGGUUGAGCCUCGAGAAUAAAACCAUUCCAAGCCAACCAUGUUCUUUCAUUGUAACUGCUACCGAGGGAAUAAUAAAGAGGAAGAGAAGACAGAGAAUCUAGGCAGGCUCCACACAGCGUGGAGCCUGAUGCAGGUCUCAAUCUCACAACCUUGCAGUCAUGACCUCAGCCACAAUCAAGAGUCAGACACUUAACCAACUGAGCCACCCAGGCGCCCAAUUGUUCUUCAUUCUAUUUUGACUUUAUAGUGACUUCAUCUAUCUCAGCUACUUCAAGGACUAAAUUUUGAGAAGUUAAAUGCUCUGUAAGGGUGACUUUGUUACUGUUACUAUUAUUUCUCCCUAAUUCUUAAUGCUAUGGAAAGGUUUUAAUUCUAGAAAAAAAUAAAGCUAAUGCUAUAUGCAAAAAUGUGUAA